UCACACUGGGAACAAGUGAAGGGAGACAAAGUCUAUUGCGCACAGGCUGCCGCUCAACUAGUGAUACCUUGAAUAUAUGUUUUCACACAUUUAGAAAUAAAAAGUAAAUAACCUGUGUCUCUCAGAUCAUGUUUGAAGAAAAAGGCGUCUACCACAUGUUUUUCUAUUUUCCUUUCCAUUCUGAUCAUAAAUUGUGUUUUGGAAAAUUGCGCACAGGAUUUCAACCACGUCAGAUGAGUCAGGCUGCGACAUCAAGAUGCCUUAAAGCUGGAGUCUAACUUUUCCACGGAGUUCCUAUGGAAUAUAGUCCAUUUUUACACGGCUUACAUGUUGUGCCAUCAUCCCACGUGAGGAAUAAACUCUUUGUUUUCUGCAUCAUGUUGUCCAUCUGGUUCUACAUGAUAUACUGCUGCGUUGGCUACUGCUCUACAGUCCCAAACCUGGCGUACGGCUCGGUGAGCAGACGCGAGAACGACGCCGCGACUGACAAUCGAGGCUCUUCUCUGGGAGCGUCCAGGGACUUGCUGAAUAACGAGAAUGAGUUGGACAGCAGAGGAGACGAGUGGGACGAAGUGAGAGGCGAGGCGAAGACGCUGGAUGAUACCGCCAUGUCAGGUUUCCUUAAUGAGACGGAGAGUAAAAAGUUGCCCCAGGCCAUCAUAAUCGGGGUGAAGAAAGGAGGGACCCGGGCGCUGCUGGAGUUUUUGCGCCUGCACCCAGACAUCAGGGCGGUGGGAGCAGAGCCGCACUUCUUUGACCGCAACUACGACAAGGGAUUGGAGUGGUACAGGGAACUGAUGCCCAGUUCAUCAAAAGGCCAGUUAACCAUGGAGAAGACCCCCAGCUACUUUGUUACGAGGGAAGUUCCAUGUCGGAUCUACUCCAUGUCUAAAGACACCAAACUGAUCGUUGUUGUCCGAAAUCCUGUCACCAGAGCCAUCUCGGACUACACCCAGACCCGCUCCAAAAAGCCGGACAUCCCCUCCUUUGAGAGCCUGACUUUUAAGAACAUGUCAGCAGGCCUGAUUGACACCACAUGGAGCGCAGUUCAAAUCGGCAUGUAUGCCAGACACCUUGAGCGUUGGCUCCAGUUCUUCCCCAUGGAGCAGCUGCUGUUUGUUAGUGGAGAGCGUCUCAUUACCGACCCUGCGGGUGAGAUGGCUCGUGUCCAGGACUUCCUUGGACUACAGAGGGUGGUCACCGAGAAGUAUUUCCACUUUAACCCAGCAAAAGGAUUCCCUUGCCUUAAAAGACCAGAGUUAAACACUAAGCCACACUGCCUGGGGAAAACCAAAGGCAGGAUCCAUCCGAAUAUUGACCCGGAGGUUAUGCGGACUUUAAGGGAUUUCUAUAAACCUUUUAAUAAGAAGUUUUACAAGAUGACUGGUCAUGACUUUGGCUGGGAUUAAGACAGAUGUUAUGACAGACUAAUGCUGGUUUCUUGUCUGUGUUUCUUUAAUAAUCAUUCUGGACAUAUUGUGAUACAGUGUAUGUACAGUAUUUAGUUGUGUGUAAAAAGUUCAGAAGUCUAUUUUAUUAUAAUUUAUUGUUAAGAUAUUAAGUCUCAAAGCUGCCUGAUCAGGUUAUUCAUUGUUUCAGGUCCUUUUGUGAUGUUUCUUUCUUAAACCAGAGGUAUUUUGAGAUUUCUUUUUUCUAAAAGUCUUUUGCCUUUUGCUUCACCCUAAUCAGAUUGAGGUCUAACUCCCCAACAAACUGGUUAUAUCCCCUUAACAUUUGUCUGACCCUCAGAGGACUGUGCACCCACUUAGUUAGGUCGAUACGGGCCUCAGCUGAUCCUGUGAAACUUGCCAGGUGGAUCAAUACAGUAACAGUUCCUCAUUACGUCAAUUAGGCCUGAGUGAUGGCAUCUCCUUUAUCUCCAGAGCAUCUCAAUAAAGCAUCUUUCUAUCAGUGGCACAAUGUUUAUGGUUGAGCCCUCAGCCAAAUUCAGGUUAAUAUAAAUGUAUAUGUGACAGCUUCAGUUUUCUGACUUUACUAUUUAUUCUGUUUAUCCAAGGGGAAGUCCAAACACAACACCAUGUGGGAUAUUAUUAUUGUCAACUUUUCAUGAAAUUGCUCUCAGUUUUCAUAAUGUCUAAACACAGAAAUAAUUUUAUGAGAAAAGCCAUACAGCUCAGUUUCAAUUUAUUGAUCGGUACUGAAACUGCUGGCAUUGAUUGCUCUUUGCAGCUUUUUUUACUGCAGUGAAUUAAUUAUGCACCGUUACCAAUGAAAACAAGCAUUUCUUUCUCAACUCUCAGUAACAUCUGACGAGAAUUAAAAUCCGCCAAGCUCCUUCAUGAAGUUUCUCUGUUAACUUUGGUUUAAUGGCUGAGUUUUUUUCAGCCUCAAUUGACAUGCCUUUGUGAGAAUUUUUGGCAUCAGCCAGUAUUCACUAUUGAUUAACUGCAACCACGUGGUGGAGGGACUAUUUUUGCUGUACGGAGUGAUUUACAACACAAACACUGAAAUGAAGCAGUUUCAAAUGAGAUGCGAAUGCAAAUCUGCAGUGGUGUUGGGUUUAUGAAGUAGGAAAUAAAUCUGUUUUGCCAGA